UCUUGGAUCUCACCGCCCCCUUCUCUUUCUCUUCCGAAACUCUCGACGCCGACAAUGGCGGAGGAGAAGGAAUCCACAUCAGUCCCGCUAAGCCAGGCAGUCGAUCCCGAGGACCCCGCCAAGACGCCACCCCCUUCACCCAACUCGACCCGCAAGGCUUGUUUUGCUGUUCUUCAGAGCUGGGUUUCAAGAAAAUUCAUGACUGGAUGCGUAGUUCUUUUUCCUGUGGCUGUCACAUUUUUCAUUACAUGGUGGUUUAUUCAGUUUGUUGAUGGUUUCUUCAGUCCACUAUAUGAGAAGCUUGGAGUUGAUAUAUUUGGCCUUGGAUUUUUGACAUCACUUUUGUUUGUAUUUCUUGUUGGCAUAUUUGUCUCAUCAUGGUUGGGUGCCACUGUUUUCUGGGUUGGAGAAUGGUUUAUAAAGAAAAUGCCAUUUGUGAGGCACAUUUAUUCAGCAUCUAAGCAGAUCAGUACUGCCAUUUCACCAGAUCAGAACACAACAGCGUUUAAAGAGGUUGCAAUAAUCCGUCAUCCACGUAUUGGUGAAUAUGCAUUUGGCUUCAUUACAUCAUCUGUGGUGCUUCAGAGUGAUAAAGGUGAUGAAGAGUUAUGUAGUGUUUAUGUUCCCACAAACCAUUUGUACAUAGGUGAUAUUUUCUUGGUGAACUCUAAUGACAUUAUCAGGCCUAAUUUGUCUAUCCGGGAAGGCAUAGAGAUCAUUGUUUCGGGAGGGAUGACAAUGCCCCAAGUGAUUGCUCCUCUAGAAAGAAUGCACCGCAUGAAUCAAAGCAUUUGCUUGAACAGAAUAACAUGAACACACAUGGUGGGUCAACUGCAUUAAUCUAUUCGAAGCACAAGAAAGUCUUAACCACCUAGCGUCACUCCAUUCAUGCUUCAUUCUGUCAUUAUAUGUUGUCUUGCAGGUAAACAAACAUUACAGAACCAUAGUAUGGCGAAGACGAGGACGAAACUGUAUCUCUUGCAAGUUACUGCCACUGCAUUGCUUUUGUAGCAACUGUGGAAGAGAUAGUCUGAACAGGAAAUAAUGUUGCUGUUUCUUCUCUGUUCAUUCUUUGUUGUGAAUUAGAGGAUUUAACUCUACUCAUAUACAUGUAAUAGUUAGAUUUACUUUGGUCUUGUAAACCUUUCAUUGUUAUUGAUGAUAUUGCAGUACUUUUAUACAUGAUAAUUAAUUGUAUCUUUCAAAGA